GAUUCCUUGGUGAUCCCCGCUACCCCGCUAUGGCUUCCAACUCGAACGCGCGCCCCGCCAAGGUGUUAUUUGUCUGCCUGGGAAACAUCUGUCGUUCCCCCAUGGCGGAAGGAGUGUUCCGCAACCUGGCCGGCGCUCACCCCUCUGUCGGUGAGAUCGACUCCGCCGGUACAGCCGCCUACCACAGCCUCGAGCCGCCCGACUCCCGCACCAUGUCUACUCUGCGCCGCCACAAAAUCACCGAUUACGAGCAUGCUGCCCGUAAAGUGACAAGGGAAGACUUCCUUACAUUUGACUAUGUGCUUGCUAUGGACAAGUCGAAUCUCCGCGACCUGCAGGAUGUGCGCGAUUCGGUCAUUGCGACACUGCAGAGGAAGACCGACACCAAGCCAAGCUCAAGGAGUACGCGUUCGCACGUCGACGCCGCUAUUGGUGCAUAUGGGGCUGAUACGAAGGUUGCCGAGGUGCGGUUGUUUGGUGAUUUCGGCAAGGGUGGGAAACUGCACGAUCGCGUUGGCAGUGGUGAGGUGGUUAAGGAUCCUUACUAUGGGGGUGCUAAUGGCUUCGAGGAGGUGUACCAACAGGCUGUCCGAUUCUCCCAAAACUUCCUGGAAUACUUGGAGCAAAACCCCAUUGACUCUUGA